AAAUUUGGGCGUUCGGGCUUUCGAGCAUUUGAACAUUCGAGCUUUCGAGAUCCGAGACUUGACCGUACCUACCGAGGACGAAAGGGCCGGAUCGGCGGAGACUCGCUGCACACCUGCUGCUGCUGAUGCUGCUGAUGCUGCUGAUGCUGCUGACGGUCCGGGUGGCUUUUCGUUCGCCUAUAUGGUUACCUCCAGUCCAAUCCGUCCACUCCAACCAAUCCAAUCCAAUACGAUCCAAUACUAUCCAUCGCACCACCUCACGCCCGCUAUUACCCCGGAAUCUCGGCCGUCGUCGUCUCCGAACCGCUCACCCGAUGGCUUGGGAGCCAGCCAGAAGCGACGCCUCAUGCGAUUGGCAUAUUUCCCAUUCCAGCUUGUCCAUGGUCGGAUCCGAGACAUGGACGUGCAGCAGACGACAAGACUCGAUCUCAUCAUCCGUGGGGGCGUGUAUGCAUUCAUCAACUAUUGGCCUGGCAACACCCGUUCCACCGGACCCGCCGACCGCACACCAGUUGGCAUGGCGGAUAGGUAGGUGUAGGUAUAGUAGACCCACGGUGCUCCGUUGGAUUCGGAUGAAUGGGACAUGCCGCAUGAGAUGAGAUGAGGGCGUGUGCGUAUGCGUAUCUACCGUAUCUAUUCUAUUUGCUCGCGGACCGCUGCGGGAAUAUAUCGCUCGUGAAAGUUUCGUUAUCGGCUCUUCGUCGGCGGGGCCGUCUCCUCCUCGACCGGAAGGGGAAUAGGCGC